AUGGCAAAGAAACCGGUCUCACCCGCUUCUAAAGUUGCAGCAAAACAGGCUGCUGUCAGAAACAGACAACAAGAAGAUGUAUUUACACUUGAUCCAUUGAUAGACCCAAUAUUUCAAAAGGGAGAAUUGCGUUCGUAUUUGGUGACUGAACCUUCCCCUAGUGUUCUUAAAAAAAGACAGAUUCACACCAAGGAAUACUGGAUGCUUUCUAGUUUAUUGAUAAUUGCUUUUUACGUUAGAAUGUAUAACUUGUCCAAUCCAAAUUCCGUUGUUUUCGAUGAAGUCCAUUUCGGUGGUUUUGCUAGAAAAUAUAUUUUGGGUACUUUUUUCAUGGAUGUACAUCCUCCAUUGGCUAAAAUGCUUUUUGGAGCUAUUGGUGCCAUUGGUGGAUUCAAAGGUGAUUUUGAAUUCAAAUCAAUUGGUGACAAGUUCCCUGAUUCCACACCUUAUAUAUUUAUGAGACAAUUCCCGGCAUUAUUGGGUGUGGGAACGGUUAUUUUGUGCUACUUGACUUUGAGACAAUCAGGUGUUAGACCAAUUAUUGCUUAUAUAACUACCUUUUUAUUGAUCAUUGAAAACUCAAAUGUUACUAUUUCAAGAUAUAUUUUGUUAGAUUCUCCUUUGAUCUUCUUUAUUGCUGCUGCUAUUUAUGCUUGGAAGAAAUUUGAAAUUCAAAUUCCAUUUACCUUUGGCUGGUAUAGAAGUUUGUUGGCAACAGGGAUUGCUCUUGGUUUAGCUUUGAGUUCCAAAUGGGUCGGUUUGUUCACUGUGGCCUGGGUUGGUCUCUUGUGUGUCUACCAAUUGUGGUUCCUCAUUGGUGAUUUAUCAGUUAGUACCAAGAAAAUCUGGGGUCAUUUCUUUGCAAGAGGAAUCAUCUUGUUGGGUGUGCCAAUUGCCUUAUAUCUUGGAUUUUUUGCUAUUCAUUUCCAUUUGUUAAGCAAAGAAGGUGAUGGUGGUGCCUUUAUGAGCAGUGCCUUUAGAGCCGGAUUGCAAGGUAAUAAAAUUCCAAGAGAUAUUACCGAACAGGUUGGGUUAGGGUCUAUUGUCACUAUUCGUCAUGUUGAUACUCAAGGUGGAUACUUGCAUUCACAUGAACAUUUCUAUCAGACAGGUUCAAAGCAACAACAAAUUACUUUGUAUCCUCAUUUGGACUCUAACAACAAGUGGUUGAUUGAACCUUACAAUGGCACCAUUCAUAAUGAAACUUUUGUUCCUUUAAUCAACGGUAUGAAAAUUAGAUUGAAGCAUAUUAACACUGGUAGAAGAUUGCAUUCACAUGAUGAAAAACCUCCAGUUAGUGAACGUGACUGGCAGAAGGAAUGUUCAUGUUAUGGGUACGAUGGAUUUGCCGGUGAUGCAAAUGAUGAUUGGGUGGUUGAAAUUGUCAAUUAUAGAUCACAAAAGGGUGAAGCUCAAACAUUUGUCAAGGCCAUCAACACUAUUUUCAGAUUAAGACAUGCCAUGACUGGACACUAUUUAUUUUCUAGUGAAGUGAAAUUGCCAGAAUGGGGAUUUGGUCAACAAGAAGUCACCAGUGCUUCACAAGGUAAACGUUCUUUGACACAUUGGUAUAUUGAAACCAAUGAAAAUAAUAUAUUGCCUCCAUCAGAAGCCAAGAUUAUUAAUUAUCCUAAAUUAUCACUUUGGCAAAAAGUUGUUGAAUCACACAAGAGAAUGUGGAAGAUUAAUCAAGGAUUAACUUCACAUCAUCAUUGGCAAUCUAGUCCUUCUGAAUGGCCAUUAUUGUUGAGAGGUAUCAAUUAUUGGAACAAAGAACACAAACAAGUAUAUUUGUUGGGUAAUGCUGUUACCUGGUGGGCUGCCACUUUGUCAAUUAUCACUUUUGGAACCUAUGUCUUGAUUGCUGUUUUUAGAUGGCAUCUUGGUACACCUUUGUCAUCAAAUAAACAUGUUUUCAAUUUCAAUGUUCAAACUUUCUCAUAUGUUUUAGGAUGGGCAUUACAUUACCUUCCAUUUUUCAUUAUGGGUAGACAAUUGUUUUUACAUCAUUAUUUGCCAGCAUUAUAUUUUGGUAUUUUGGCUUUGGGACACUUUUUCGAAAUUUUCACUGGUUAUUUGACUUCCCGUUCCAAAUAUUUCCAACAAGUGGCAUUUGUAUUGGUGGGAUUGUUUUCCAUUUUGAGUUUAGUGUUUUACGUCAAUUAUUCAUCAUUAAUCUACGGUACUCCUUGGACCAAAGGAAGCUGUGAAUUGACCAAACCAUUUAGUGGUUGGGAUUAUAACUGUGGCACUUUUUUCGAAACUUUAGGUGAAUAUGACAUUCAAGAUAAAUCAUUGGCUUCAGAAUCUGAAAUACCAACAGAAACAGUAGUUGUUGAAGCUAAACAAACUCCUAAAGCUGAACCAAGAUUGGCUAAACAAGAUGAUCAUAUUGAAUCUCCUCCUGCUGCUGCUGCAGAACCUGUUGAAGUCAAAGAAGUCAAAGAAGAAAUUGAACAAUUGGCACCACCAUUAGCUGUUGAUUUUGAAGAAGAAACUCCGAAAGUGGAAGAUCCGCAGGUGGUUGACGUAGAUGCUUCUAGUAACGAUGAAAAAUCUGUUGAAGAAAAGCAACAAGAACAACCACAAGAAGAUGAAGAUGAAUCAGUGCAACAGCGCCAACAAUAG